CUGUUGUUUCCUUACUGCUCAUAGUUAACUUUUGAAACAUUAAUGCUAGAUUGCCUUGUUUGUAGCCGAUGUUUAUCACCUAUUUUAUGUAUUUAUAGUUCACAAAGACAAGGUAGAUUGCUGUUGUCUCAAUCAAGCAAGCUGUUUUCGUAUUUUCGCCUUCUUGUAAUAUCUUUAUCAGCCACUCAACCUUACAACAAACACAUCUCCUCAUUCGGUAUUCUAUUUUUCGGUUAAUGAGAGCUGAAGAAGAAAUAAUUAUGGGCAGAAAUGUUGAAGAAGAGAUUGUUCUGCAUCAAGAGUCUGAGCCUUUGGUAGGAGAAGUCGAAGAAUUCGAUUUGAAGUCAAUACUUAAAUUGAAACUCUCGAGUACAAGGCCAAACAGUAUGGUUGUGAAGAAAGUAUGUCCGCGAGAAUUCAUACCGCCGGAGAUAGUUGCAGAAGCGAUAUCAACACUACACGGGCUCGACUUGAGAUGGUCAGGGCCGAUAACACCGAUGGAGAUGCAAUAUGUCGAACAAUAUGUGAAUGCAAAGUACCCACAAUACUCCCAUGGUUUAAUCCAAGAAGGCGAUAAAACCGACCUCUAUUCACUCUGCUAUAACAAUGGCGAGGUGUCUCCGGUGAACAACGGUGAUGAUAGGCGGAAAUCGCCUAGAGGAACAUUCCGCGAACCAUCUGCUUCGCCAUCAUUUGGAAGCACACACCCUGAGCUCGACAAAACUCAACUAGAACCAUCAAGAUUGCUAGACAUACUAAUGAAAAAAUCAUCAUUCCCGGGUAGUUUCAUUUCAAUACCAGAAAUUCAAGCUCGAAACAGAGUACUAAGGCAUUGCGGUCUAACUGAAGAUCAGUACCUUGUUCUCUUCACUCCAAGUUACAAAGAUGCCAUGAUGCUUGUUGGAGAAAGUUAUCCUUUUUUCAAAUAUAACUACUACAUGACUAUAAUUGAAGAUGACUCGGAUUAUAUUCGAGAGUUUGCGACAUAUAAAGAUUCAAAGGUGAUAUGUUCACCAGAGACAUGGUUGGAUUUAAGGAUCAAAGGAUCACAGCUAAGUCAGUACUUCAGGAGGAAAUGCAAACAUAGUCCUAAAGGGUUGUUCUCUUAUCCUGCAGAGAUUAGAGGCACAAGAUACUCAAUGCAUUGGGUUUCUGAGGCUCACCGAAAUUCAUGGCAUGUUCUGCUCGACGCAACCAGUUUUGUUGUUGGUGAAGAUCGGUUGAGUCUCGCACUUCAUCGACCGGAUUUUGUUCUCUCUACUCUUAAUAAUACUCAUGCUCAACCUUCAAAGAUUACUUGUCUCUUGGUUAGGAGGAAAUCUUUUGAUACUGCUCCUUCACCUUGAACAACAUGUUCUUCUAGUUGAUCUUAAUAUUGUAUUAGUUGCCUAUGAAAUUUUGGACAAUUGAAACUGGUUAUUAUUUUAA